AUGGCGUGCCGUUGCAGUGUUGGGGAACAAGUCUUCUCUGUCACACCCUCUACUAAUUACCAGGUUGAUUAUUUAGGACAGAGCACGAAAGGGGAUUUGAAUCUUAACCUUGACCAACUUGACGCUUUUGGAAUUGAUGGUCCGGCAACUUUACAAGGUCCAAUUGAGAAGGUUGCUAGGAAGGAGGCUGAAGAAGCUGAGGAUUUACUUAAUGACUUGGGCAUUUCGGCCUGGGAAGGGCGGGCUUAUGAUUAUUGCAUGGGAAAUUUGAGAAGCAUUGGUUUUCCAGUUGAUGGGCUUGCAUUUGAUCCGGAAUUGGUGAUUAGAGGUCUUGUUAUAGACAAAGAGAAAGGCAACCUAGUUAAAGCAGAUCGAUUUGGUUAUGUAAAAAGGGCAAUGCAUGGCACCAGAAUGUUGUCUACUAAAGAUGUCAGUGAUAUGUAUGGGAGGGAACUGGUUGAUCUGCGGAAGGAAAAUCGAUGGGAGUUCUUAAACACACUGUUCUCUGUCUCAGAAGCUGUGGCAUACAUGCAGAUGGUUGACAGAUACGAUGGAGGAGCUAUAUCAGCCGACAUAUGUCCACCCGACUAUAGAGGACUUUACAAGGCUGUUGGAAAGGCUCUUUUUCGGGCACAUGUAGAGGGUCAGCUUAAGAGUGAGAUAAUGUCAAAGCCUGAAUUGUUUGUGGAGCCUGAUCCAGAAUUACCUUUAGCACUGUUAGACCAAAAGGAGGCUGGUAAAAAGCUUCUACUCAUUACGAACUCCGAUUAUCAUUACACAGACAAAAUGAUGACGCAUUCGUUUAACAGAUUCCUACCAAAUGAUAUGGGCUGGCGAGAUCUGUUUGACAUGGUGAUAAUAUCUGCAAGAAAGCCAGAAUUCUUUCAAAUGUCACACCCAUUGUAUGAGGUGGUGACCGGCGAGGGUUUAAUGCGUCCAUGCUUCAAAGCUCGGAAAGGUGGAUUGUACUCAGGUGGGAGUGCUCAGAUGGUAGAAAACUCCUUAGAUAUCCAUGGGGAUGAAAUAUUAUAUGUGGGUGAUCAUAUUUACACCGAUGUGAGUCAAUCUAAAGUCCAUCAACUAUGGCGAACAGCAUUGAUUUGUCGAGAACUGGAAGAAGAGUAUGGUGCUCUGAUUCAUAGUAGGGAUCAUCGGGGCACACUGAUUGAGCUAAUUAAUCAAAAGGAGGUGGUAGGGGAUCUUUUUAAUCAACUUCGGCUAGCUCUGCAAAGGCGAAAUACAGGGCGUCCUGCUCAGACCCUUGCUGCAACUAACAUGGAUGAUCAUGAACUCACAGAAAGCAUGCAAAAGCUAUUGAUUGUUAUGCAAAGACUGGAUGAGAAAAUUGCUCCAAUGCUAGAAGCAGAUGGAGAGCGUUUCAACAAAAGGUGGGGAUUUCUUUCACGUGCAGAUCUGUGGGAUAAAAGCCAUUUAAUGAGACAAAUUGAGAAGUAUGCCGAUAUAUAUACCUCCAGGGUCUCAAAUUUCCUUCACUAUACCCCGUUCAUGUACUUCCGUUCACAAGAACAGGCAAGCGCCUUAACCACUCGGCCAAAGCGACAAGUUGAGUAG